CGAAUUAAAAAAAAUUAUUAAAAUUUUAAUAAAUUCUCGAAACCCUUGACGGCGAGGGAGAGGUGAGGGAGUAGCGACGGGAGGUCGGCGGGGAAGGCACCGGAGGGGCGACUGUCGGUGCGGAGCAGCUUCUCCUUCUUGAGGGAAGGGGAACGCCGCAGAUGGGACUGAGCAAGAAGGAAGUGAAUCUGAGGAGGCUGCUUGCAGCUGCUCCCCAUCAGCAGAAUCAAGCGAAGCUUGUCCAUUAUGUUACCACAUCACGUGAGCUAUUGGAGCAAAUAGGAGCAGAGGCUGCAGCGGGUGGAAUAUCUAGCAUUUCCAAGGCCAAACUAAAUGAAUAUUCAGAGAAGAUUGAAGCCCUUGCUGCCAGAUUAUCUGUUCCUGAACCAGAAUCUGUGGAGGCUGUUCAAGAAACUUCUUUUGAGGAAAUUGUUCCUGUAUCAGAUCAUACUGAAAGCAGUGUAUAUCCUACUCAUAUAUUGAGAAGGAGAACUAAAUUUACUAGCUCUACAACUAAUAGAUCUGCAACAAAAGUUGAUAUAAACCAUGAGUUGGCUGCGAGGGAUACCGGGGCACCUGUAAAAUUGGACGCAGAAGCACAUGCACAUAUUGAGAAACAUAGAAAACUUCAAAAUGAUUUAACAGAUGAAAUGGUUACAUUGGCACAGCAACUAAAGGAAAGCAGUCUCAUGAUGAAUAAAUCCUUGAAUGAAACUGAAAUGAUACUGGACUCCACUGAGAGGGCUGUUGAGCAGAGCCUGGCAAGCACUGGCCGCGCCAAUGUUCGUGCUGUGCAGGUAUACUCCGAGAGCUCCAAGACAAGUUGCUUCACUUGGCUCAUCAUAUUCAUCAUGUUGAGUUUGUUCAUCAUGGUAGUUCUCCUCAUCCGUAUAACCUGACACUUUCAAAUAUUAAUGAAGAAAAAAUAUAAUAUCAAGGUGAGUGGCUUGAAAAUCAUUAGAUUUGCUUUAAGAUUAGUACAAUAUAAAUUUUUCUUUUUCAUAUGUAUAGCAUUGAUCUCAAAGCAAAUAUAAGAAUGUUUAGAUCAACUUCAUGUAAUUUGUAUUUAUGAGAGAAUAUUGGAUGCUAAAAAUUUAUAUAAAGUUAUUAUGAAUGAAAUUUUGUUGAAACUCUCA